GGUUGUUAUUUAAGGGUCCUGCGGGGGGCGCGGCGGUCAUGGUUAUGAUCAGGAACGGCGCGCGGGGCCGCGGGCGGAGGGCGCGGCGCCGAAUCUCGCGAGGCGCCAAAUAUUAUCUUCGGCAGCUGGGGCCCCGUCGCGGCCUCGCGGCGCUGCGCUUUUUCUCACGGCGACGGCGCGGCGAGAGCGCGAACGACAGACGCAGCCCCCCGGUGAAUGAGGCGCUGUGGCGUGCUUUUGGAGCCUCGUUGUUUAGGUGGCGAGUUCGGGGAAAAUCGAGCGGCCGGCUUUUUGGGUUCCUACACGCGUUCAUCCCUUCGAGCGUCCGGGGGGCGUCGAGGACCCGCUCCGAGGCCUCCGCGAGGCCCUGGCGCCGGAAAUGGUUCCCAGCA